AACGAUCAAAUUCUUGUUUGCAAGUCUGUAUCUGGCUGCAUAGGGAGCACAAUUGCUGGCAUGACCUUGCACAUAUACACAAAGCAACAAUAAAUAAAAGUUAGAGAGAGAGAAAGAGGAGCGAGAGUGAAGAAAAGAAGACCUACACACAGCACAAUUAUAGGAGAGACAGCUUCAUAGUACAAAACAAGAAAAAAACAACACCAUUUUCGUUACAUUCUUUCGUUUUCAUGGCUGCUCCACCGGCAAGGGCUCGUGCCGAUUACGAUUACCUCAUCAAGCUUCUCUUGAUCGGCGAUAGCGGUGUUGGAAAGAGUUGUCUUCUUUUGCGUUUUUCUGAUGGGUCUUUUACAACCAGUUUCAUCACUACUAUAGGCAUUGAUUUUAAGAUAAGAACCAUUGAGCUUGAUGGCAAAAGGAUCAAGCUCCAAAUCUGGGAUACUGCAGGGCAGGAGCGGUUUCGGACAAUUACAACCGCUUACUAUCGUGGUGCUAUGGGGAUAUUGCUUGUCUAUGAUGUUACAGAUGAAGCAUCGUUUAACAAUAUCAGGAAUUGGAUUCGCAACAUUGAGCAACAUGCUUCGGAUAAUGUUAACAAAAUACUGGUAGGGAACAAAGCAGACAUGGACGAAAGCAAAAGGGCUGUGCCAACGUCCAAAGGCCAAGCACUGGCUGAUGAAUAUGGAAUCAAAUUCUUUGAAACUAGUGCAAAGACAAAUCUAAAUGUGGAGGAAGUUUUCUUUUCCAUAGCAAGAGACAUAAAACAAAGGCUUGCUGACACUGACAACAAGGCCGAGCCGACAACAAUCAAAAUCAACCAAGACUCUGCAGCAGGAGCUGGACAGGCUGCACAAAAGUCAGCUUGUUGUGGUUGAAGAUAACAUUUUACAAGUUAGUUGGUGGUGGGAAGAUUAUUGAAGAAGAAAUUACUUGUAUGAUAAUCAUGAUGCUGACUUGUGGUUUUAACGAUUUCAUUGUGUCAUUAUUUAUUAAUUCUGUGCUUGAUAAGUAGUUUUGGACUUAUAUUGAAUCAAAAAACUGAAUGUGAUUGUGGUGAAUGAAUGUCUAACUAACUACAUACAUCUGUUUGGUUGGGAUUGGGACAUACCUGUUAUUUCACUGUAUAAACGUGCUUAUCUAUGGCGUGUAGUUGUGAGUUGAUAUACAUAUUUCGAAAUUGUCUUAUUUCAA